AUGGUGCGUGAAUUCGGCAGGGGGGCGGCGCUCUUUGACGCCCAGGGGCAGGGCUGGGCUAUCCAGCACAUCGAAAUCAGCUGCAACGAACAGAUGGACUCAUUGCUCCUGAGGUUGCUUGAAGAUGACUCGUCAUCAGAUGAGGACUAUGAUGUGGCGGCUAUAAUGCUCGCUGAUCUGGCAAAGAAUGAGCAGCCCAAACAUGGUGGUUCUGUGCAAGGGCAUGAGGUGCAAAGGAGGAAUGCAGCCAGGGACCUUGGCCACAGUGCUUUGAAGAAGAUCACUACAGCAUUGCGCAUGCUUGCUUAUGGGGUUCCUGCUGAUUCUCUUGAUGAGACGCUUUACAUCGCAGAGAGCACCAUAAUUGAGAGCCUAAGGGAGUUUGUCAAAGCUGUGGUUGAGGUUUUUGGGGAGCAAUACCUGCGAGCACCAAAUGAGGAGGACACCGCAAGACUUAUGCAAAUGGGUGCCGCUAGAGGCUUCCCUGGGAUGCUUGGAUGCAUAGAUUGCAUGCACUAG